AUAAACGGCAUCUGCAUUCACACCCAUUAUGUUGCUAUGUGCUUCCCUCUUGUGGUUCUAAAUGGAAUUGUUAAAGCAGAAGUGUGUAAUUUCUGCACCAUCCAAUGGAAUUGAAAAAAUAAACGUUUGUUUUGUGAAUAGGCCCCCUGUCUGCUGUUGUUAAAACAAACAGACAGUCCCGCCCCAAACUCAUGCCAUUGGUUGUGUCAGUGUUGUUGUGUCAGGCUGGACGGGUUGCUCAAAACAAACAGCAUUUUUGUCGGACCACAGAGACACAGUGUUUACUCUUUUCGAGAAAAUUAACCCACAAAUGGCUAACUUACAGUUGUCUUUGCAUAUUAAACUGGGAUAUGAGGAAAUGUUUUAACAUAGAAAGUUACACACUUAAGCUUUAAGCUCAAACUGGUUUUAUCCAAGAUUUCAGAGCUCCGAUUUCGAUAUAAUACAUUUGGGUUUCCUUUUUGGUUUGAAAAAUAUAGCAUAUUAGUAUUUAGUAUAUGCUUAGUUCUAAAAGUAAUUGUAAUACUUGGGUUUAUGAGUUGCAAGAUAACUCUCAAAUUUAGGAGCCUUUGAAACUGAAGAUUUUUUCCUCAGGAUUAUAUUCUAUAUAGAUAUGACCAGUUUUAUGUAGUCAUUUCAUAUGUCAAUGUUCUUAUUAAUGUAUUUUUAAGAGUAAGCUUGCUUAUUUUAUAGAAAUAGUCAGUGUUUUUAAACCAAAGAUAGUCUUUACAACUAUAUUCCAUGUUUAUGUUCUGAAUAUGGCUGCUUAUAUUAUCAUAGAAAAUGGCAUGUUGAAGUCCUGACAUUGUUAAAAACGACAGAAAAACACAUAAUGUACCAAGAAAAAUAAAAGCUUGAGUAAGAAAAAAAUUUUUUUUUCUCAGUUAAUCGCAGAUUACUAGAUAAUAAUAAUGAUAGUAAUAUAACUUUUAUUUGUAUAUAUCCUUUCUUACAUCAAGUGUAACUCAAAGUGCUUCAUAAAUCAGAAGCAGGAUCAUGAUUUCAAGCUCGAUUAAACUUCCUAGUGUUUAGUAGUGCAUGCGCAGAGCGCUAGAUAGCACCAUAGGAAAUGUAAUCAAGCUUGAAAUCAUGAGACUGCUGUUAAUAUGUACAGUGAAAAAUGAGUUACAUUUUGGUCUGUUCUCACCCCAAAGUUUUGGUCACCAUUCACUUGCAUUGUAUGGACCAACAGAGCUGAGAUAUUCUUCUAAAAAUCUUAGUUUGAGUUCUGCAGAAGAGGGUCAUACACAUCUGUGAUUUCAUGAGAGUAAAUGAUGAGAGAAUUUUCAUUUUUGGGAGAACUAACCCUUUAAUAAAGUCCAUUUUAAAUCAAUCACAAUGAUUAAGCCAUAUUAUUACUGUAGCCACAGAAUAAUUGCAUUGUGCUAAUUGUUGUCUCCAUUGUCCUUCAAUGAGUAUAGUCAAGAGACUUCUAUUUGGUUUCCAAAAUGUAAUUGCUAUUUAACCUCUGCCUGUUAGCCAGUCUGCUAGUAUGAGACAGCUGCUUCUAUAAAUAACCAACCCCCCUCUCAACAACCUCCCACCUCAUUCUCUCACUCAGUAGGCAACACUGCCUUCAGGUUCUGUUCUUACCAAGGGUUGACGCACAUAUAUAUUUUGUUGCAAAGAAGGCAGAGAAACACACCACGUCUCUUAAAGGCUGACAGCUCUAAAGAAGAAGUUUGAUUCAUUUCAGGAGCUGACAAGCACAGCUAUGAAGAGCCUCAAGUUUUUAGCGGCAGAGGGCUUCGUUCAGAAUGGCCCAAAUGCAUGUAAGAGCCUCAAUUGCUUGUCUUACAAUCUCUACCCAGUCCUUUUCAAGGCCAGCUAUCUGCGUGAGGAGCCCACAGUGCUCCAUGAUUUGGUCCAGACGUGGCCUCUCACAGAGCUCAACUUGCGCAAGUUACUGGGCAGAACAGUGGACUGUCCAGAUGAUCUGACUUCCCGCACCUGCAGAAUCUGUCUGGAGGCCUUUCUAAAAGGUCUGAAGGACUAUGUGCUUCAAGCGCCAAGCACUUAUGCAAAAAUGCUUCGUGUUGUAGAUAUGAUUGGUCUUCAAGACACAGAACACCAGGUCUGUCCAUGCAGCCGUACGCUUGGUCGCUGGGCACGCACCGAACUGCUUACUAGCAUGUGCUAUGAGACUAUGGUGUCCAUGCAGGCUGGCCAAGCAGCACCAUCAGCUUUUGAUGUGGAGGUAGAUGUCCGUCUUGAUGCCUUUGUUACAGGAAGGAACUACGAGGUGGUAGCACAGGCUCUGUUGCUGCACAGACAUUGCCCAUUAAAGCUGCACUUUGUAGGCCUACGUGUGGACUCACUGGCCCUCAAGAAUCUCUUUUAUUUGCUGAAGCUAGUGGAACCACAUGGCCUGCAGAAGCUGGAAGUGGUGCACAAUGUACACCUGGAGGCUCCACACAUUGAGGUAAUGCUCUCCAAGCUGAAGUUCCCUCAGCUGCGCUCACUCACGUUUCCAGCACAGGCUUUGAAUGUACACAGGUUGGGUCCAGAGGAUGUGGACCUCUUGGGAGUUCUGGGUGAGCUGAUGAGUGAACUGACUGAGCUAAGAGAGCUCUAUCUGGGCUUCUCCACUCUUACUGGACACCUGAGGAAACUUCUGAGUCCACUUCAAACUCCACUGCAGUGUAUAGAGCUAGCAAACUGUAACAUCAACGCAGUGGACAUGGCCUACUUUGCCAACAGCCUGCACAGUGAGCACUUAGUAAAGUUGGACCUGAGUGGUCACGGAGUAGCUGACCUCUUCCCGAACACCUUUCGGAAACUCCUGCAGCGGUGUUCUGCCACACUCACUAGCCUGGGUCUGGAAGAAUGUGGACUGGAUGAAGAGUGCCUGAAUCUGCUCACCCAAGCACUGGCUCCCUGCCAGGGACUCCAAGAAUUCAAGAUCUUGGGUAACCCAUUGAGCACAGCUGCCCUGCGCCAUCUUUUCAGUGUGCUGGCUCAGGGUUUUCCAGCUUUGAGAUAUGUUGAGCUACCCGUGCCUCGUGACUGUUAUUCUGAAAACGCAACGUACCCACUGGACGACAAGACACUGCUGAAUUAUGAUAGAGAGAAGUUCCAACAAGCCAGGACUGAACUUGUGGGCAUCCUUGAGAGAGUGGGGAAAGGAAAUGUAGAAGUUUGCACCCCAUUGCUUGGAGCCUACGAUCCUGACAUCAAUGAGACGAGUAACGAGCUGGGGGUCUCCAUGUUGCACUCUUUCAACAGUGUCAUAGGCAACUUCAUUGAUACGGUGAAUAGCGUAAACCAACGGAGAGAGCAAAGAAUGAUGGAGUGAACCUGUUCAUGGUGAACAAGAAAUUAGAAUGUUUUACUGUAACUGAUUUAAGGGGGAUAUUUUAACAGUUAGAUUCAGUAUACAAUAUAAGCACCUUUGUAAAUAUACAUAAAUAUAUAGGUGUUUCUUCAACUUCGGGCAAUUUCAUGUCCCAUGGGUUGAUUUUUAAUCAAAUGGCCAGAUUUCAACUUUUUUCUUUUUGUUAUUUGAAAGUCACAUUAAAACUGACUUGGAAACUUUUUUUCCAGGCCUUCAUUUUUAUUUUACUUCUCAAAUGCCUUUUAUGUACAGAUUUUACUGGUUAAGCCUUGUCCAAGACCCGGACUUUCAAUAUUAUUUUUGUUGGAUUUUCUUCCAAUUUGGAAUGCCCAAUUCCCAAUGUGUUUUUUAAGUCCUCAUGGUCACGUAGUGAUUCGCCUCAGUCCGGGUGGCGGAGGACGAAUCCCAGCUGCCUCUGCUUCUGAGAUCGUCAACCCGCGCAUCUUAUCACGUGGCUUGUUGAGCGCGUUGCCACAGAGACAUAGCGCGUGUGGAGGCUUCACGCCACCCACCACGGCAUCCAUGCUCAACUCACCACGCGCCUCACCGAGAAUGAACCACAUUAUAGCGAUCGCGAGGUUACCCCAUGUGACUCUACCCUCCCUAGCAACCGGGCCAAUUUUGUUGCUUAUGGGAACUGGCUGGAGUCACUCGGCACACCCUGGAUUCAAACUAGCGAACUCCAGGCGUGGUAGCCAGCGUCUUUUACCACUGAGCUACCCAGGCCCCGGACUUUCAAUAUUAAACUAUGAAUAUCCAUUAUAAAAAUACAAAUUAUUACUGGUUUAAAACAACGAUAAUCAAAAAAAAAAAAAAAAAAAAGUAUGAAAUAAUAAUAAUACAUUUAAAAAAAUACGUUUCGACUGUCUCACAUUCAGAACUCAUAGUUACGUCAUUUCCACCACACUAAACAAUUUUGCCCCAAAAUACAUUUUUUUCAAAAGUUAGUGUACUUAACCAAGUGGACAAGUGUCAGUGAAGAGUGUGCUUGAAAUGAAAUAUGAGACAAGUGAUGUUUGAAAAAAAAAGGCGAAUAUCACUUUUUGUAUUGCAUUUAUUUUAUUGCUUAUAAGCUAAUUCCCAAUCGCUAUAAUUUUGCCAACUUGUGUAAAACGUGUGAAAAUAUAAUUUAAUUGUGUGUAUUUAGGAUAUUUAUGAAAAAUAAGUGUGAAAUUUUUUUUCAAACUUAACUUUAUAGACAUGCCCAAAGUUAAAGAAACUCAUAUAUGUAAGCAUCUUUGGAAAGGUGGAUGGCGUAAAAUAUAGAAACAAAGAAUUCAGCUGCUACAAAUAAUUUACAAGCACGUAGAAUAUAUAUUUUUAACAUGUGAAAGAAUUAACUGAUUUAAGGCUUUGCAAUAUUUUCUGUAUAACGAUUCAAAUUAUUUUUUUUGUCUUGUUUUUAAAGAACAUUAGACUGUAGUAAUGAAAUAUGACCCAUUACUUGUAAAAGCAAGGGUCAUUUUCAUGUAUAUUGUGCAUUUAUUGUUUAAAUGAAUUCUUUAAAAAUAAAGAAAUUGCCUUUGCUUUAGA